AUGGCAGCAGCCUGCUUAGCCGAAGUCUCGCCAGGCCUUUCCGCAGCCAGCGGCCGACUUCGGGACCAGGCGGUGAACGCCUUAUGGAAAGAAAGUAGAGCAGGUCCAACGGAUACAUCAUCACUGUUGGCACUAGUCAUGCUAGGCUUCAGCCUCUGCUGGCAUGAUCCGUCUAAACUCGGCCAGUCCGAGUUCGAAUUACUGGCUGAGACACUCAUCCAUCUCGAAGCCCAACAGGAUAGCUUGGUAAUGGCGGACAAGCAGAAACGAUUCUUCUUUUACAAUUCUCUCGUCUACUGGAGGAUGCUGCUUUCUUUCGUCACCGACCAAGAGUUGCCUUCGGCGGCAUCCACUGGCGCCGUCCAGCCACAGCCGCCUCGAUUUCCCAAUCGACAUGACACCAGAAUGCCACACCCGCAGACAGGUAUUGGAGUAGAGGUGCUAGAGGUUGUAGGUCAAGUUGGGGCACUCGUCAGAAAAGAAAGAAAACGGAUCCGUCGCCGCCAGCAUUCAUCCAGGCACGACAUCGAGCAGUCCGUCGCCGCCAUACAGACAGCGGAACAGCUCCACUCGCGGCUUUGCAAGAUUGAACUUCCAACAGAGGUUACAGUCAUGGACUCGGGAGAUGAUAUGACACCAACCGACCAUCUGUUGAAAGCUGCAGAGGCAUACAGAUGUACGGGACUGCUGCAACUCUAUCGCAACUUUCCCGAUUUACUCUUACAAGACACGGCGACUGCCACUCCGUCGGCCUGGCUGGAUAUAAUCGGAGAGUCGGAACCCAGCCUUUCGGGCAAUCCAGAAGCUCUCCACGGGACAUGGCUGACCUGUCUUGCUUUACACAUCCUCGACCUUCUUCAAGAUAUUCCAAUCACGUCGCGAUCUCGGUCCAUCCAGCCAUUACUCUUAGUAAGCAUCUGCAGCGAGCUUUCUAUAACUCGAGAAUUCUUUUCGUUGGACUUUUUGGGAGACAAGUCUGUGUCAAGCCUUGCUACUAGUCCUAGGUUGAGAGAAAGGCCAACCAUGACCGAUAUUCUACACGCUAGACGGCUGGUACUGUCGCGUCUCGCGUCGUUCGAGGGCAUCUUGGCAGCGAAGCCUAUACGACAAAUGACGCUUCUUGUGAGAGAGACUUGGUCAUGUAUGGAUGAGAAGCAGCAGGACGUGUACUGGAUGGAUGUCAUGGUGGAAAAGAGCUACGAAACCUUGAUGGGAUAG